CGGCGCCACACAUUGGACUAAUGAAUUCCAAGUGGAACAUGGAGGAAUGAGGUGUGUUCAUCUGACACGUUUGCAGGUAUAUUUGAGCUUCAGUCAUAACAAUGUCUUCAAUUCCUGGACUUCCUACACCAGGGUCAGAGGUUCCUGUUCUCAUCAACAAAGUAAAUCUAAAAUCCCGUCAUGGUCUGGUAGAAUUAUGGGUCAGUGUGGAUGAUGGAAGGAAGCACAUUUAUGAGCAGAAGAGGGAGGAAAUUCAGAUUCCCCAGAGAAAGUUUUAUGGAUCAGAAGGAAAACCUGGAGACACCUGUCUUGUUUGUGUCACGGACGUUUGGCACAGAGCUCAAAUUGUGUCCAUUCAAAAUGAAACCUACAAUGUUUUUCUGAUUGACCAAGGAGAAUCACAUGUCACCACGAGUGCAGCUUUAGCAUGGGGCAAGAAUGACAGUUUUCAAUUCCCUCCUAAAAUCGAACUUUGUAUCCUUGCAAAUGUCAUCUCCCUUCAAAAUGAGUGGCCUGAAACUGUCACCAAGUUUUUGAUGUGUUUGCCAGGGAAGAGGUUCAAAGGACUGGUUCGGUACAUAAUUAAGCCAGAUAGGAUCAUUCUCCUUGAGAUGCCAAUCAUUUCCAAGCACAUGUGUAAGCUUGGAGCUGCGAAGAAGAUUAAAGUUGAUGAAUUUCUAGAAGUUGUGCAGAGACAUCUUUGUGAAAGUGGAAAAUCGUCUGGAUCCCUUUGUUUACCACAGGAACUAGAGCUAGAUAUCCGGUGCCAACUUCCUCAUCAUGACCAAUACUUUUAUCCCGAGCUGACGACAAACAUUUAUGAAACUGUGAAAGUGACGGAAGUAUUUGAUCCACUCAAUAUUUCUUGCAUACCCUUUGUUUUUUCCAAAGCUGUAGAACUGCUGUCUGAUCAGAUCCACCAGCAUUAUGAAGAGAGCUCAGAUUUUAGAGAAGCUCAUCCCCAGAGCUGCGGGGAUCCAUGUGCAACCAGGGGUGCUGAUGGCAGGUGGCACCGCUCUCUACUAAAGCAAAACGUGGUGAAUGGAGAGGAUGUUGUGGAAGUCUUUCAUGUGGAUGAAGGAAAACCUGAACUAGUUGAAGCUGAAGGCAUCAGACCACUCCUUGGAAGAUUCCUAAAAAUGCCAGUUUUCACCUAUCAUUGUUCCCUGAGUGGAGUAAAGGCAAACCUCAAAAAGUGGACUGCAGAUGAGACUGAUGAGGUAAAGUCGAUGCUCCUUGAUAAAACACUGGUGGCGAGGAUUGAAGAUUACGACAAACCUCAAGAUGUCUAUUAUGUUGCUCUGUAUGGAGCAAAUGCUGAAUGCAUCAAUGAUGUUAUUCUUGAAAAAGCAGGACUUGUAUCAUCAUCUGAGUCUGGAAAAGGUUUAAAUGACCAGAAGGAAUCCUCAUCUUCCCUUUCGUUGGAGGAAAAAAAACUAUUAAACCUACAAAAUCAAACCAAUGGAGUUUGUGAUCUGGAAGAAAAAACGAGGCCAAAUGCAACAGAACAAGUGGACAGUGGCAGGAGUGGAUGUUCUCAAGUUCUUGACCCUCUGCUACACAGCAAUGGGCAUCUUUCAACAAGUUUGUUGCAAAAUGCUUGCGAUGACAGCACAUUUGCUGUAGGUGAAACAGUUGAUGUCCAAAUUUCUUGCAUUGAAAGUCUACAGAAGAUCUGGGGUCAACCAUUAAAAAGUGGUGAUUCUCUUAGUGUGUGUAAAAAAGCUUUCAAGAAUAUAGACCUGCUCACAGAUCCAAAGAAGUCCAAUGGGAAAACUGAAAUGGUGUAUGCAUCUUGUAUUGCAGGACCCAGUUUCUUUUGGUGUCAGUUUUCCAACACAGAGGAUCUGGACAAAGUGUCUCAGCUUGCUCACAAAGCUGGACAGGAAAAGCAGGAUGCAAUGAUCCCUAAGAGUCUCAACAUUGGCGGUCCGUGUCUUGCUCUGUUUUCCCAAGACAACCAGUGGUACAGAGCUCAAAUUCUUCAGAAAGACGAAGAAACACUCCGUGUCCUGUUUGUCGACUAUGGAAAUGAAGCUGAAGUUGAUGUCAGAAAUGUGAGACCUCUGCCCCAGAGUCUACUGGAGACAACCUCUCAGGCCUUUUUGUGUUCUUUGAGUGGAUUUGAUGAGUCCAAAGGCUGCUGGACUGAUGAAGCUUAUGACAACUUCUAUAAUGUUCUGAUUAACAAACCUCUUAAACUGACCAUUCACACCAUGAGGGACCAUCCAGAGAUUACAGUUCCUCAGUAUUCAGUAGAUGUUGACCAUGAAGGAGUAAAUAUAAAUGCAGUGAUGCUAAAAUACUGGGAACCAGUUACAGAAGACAUGGCAAAACCAGAAAAUCCUUCAACUACUGACUCAAUCCAGGAUGAUCAAGAGCAGAGCAGCAUGAAACAACUUUGUGAGUCUAAAGAGGCUUCUAAUAAAAUGGACUUUAAAGACCUUAUGAUAUCCAGAAAAAUUACAGAAACGGUGUAUGCAUCUUGUAUUGCUGAACCAGAUUUCUUCUGGUGUCAGUUUUCAAAUACCACAGAUGAUUUACACAAAGUGUCUCAGCUUGCUCAGGAGUUUGGACAGGAAGACCAGGAUGUGAUGUUCCCUCAAAGUCUUGAAUCUGGCAGUCCAUGUCUUGCUCUGUUUUCCCAAGAUGACCAGUGGUACAGAGCUCAAGUUAUGCAGAAGGAAGGGGAAACCCUCCGUGUUCUGUUUGUUGACUAUGGAAAUGAGGCUGAAGUGGACAUUAAGAAUGUAAGAGCAUUGCCCAAAAGUCUAAUGGAGAUGAGUCCUCAAGCCUUUUUGUGUCGUCUAAGUGGAUUUGAGAAGUCCAAAGGCUCCUGGGAUGACACAGCUUAUGACGAGUUCUACAAGCUUCUGGUUGACAAACCCCUUAAAGUGACUGUGUUGGAUAUGGAGGAACAUUCAGAGAUGGAAAUUCCUCAAUAUGAAGUUCAAAUGGAGUGUGAAGGAGUGGUUGUGAAUACGCUGAUGAAGAAAUACUGGAGACCGUUGGAUGUGGAAGGCCAGUUCGCCUGGAAGCAGUGGCCCAAGAUGAAGCCUAACUCAUCCUGAUGUUGAAAAGAAUGGUCCUGAUGAAGCAAAAUUGUGAUUGGUCUUAAUUUUCUAAAUACAUUAAUGCUUGUCUGUUUUAAAAAAUGUUACUAUUAAAAUAAAGGAUUUUUCUA